AUGAUAAAGCAUUUAUUAGAGAAACCUAUGCAAGGCGUUGAUCGCAAUAUUCCAGUUUUGGACCGCGUAAAAGCGGAGAAGAGAGGAAUUCAGCUUGGAGAUGCUGAUGAAAGUUUAACCGAAAUCUCUAAAAGAAUUCCUAAUCAACAGUUGCUACCACCGUCUACUGGAGAACACAGAAUCUGUAUCACAAGUUGCCAUAAAAAUAGUCGAGCGUACACCUCUUCAACGGUUAUUGAUUCAUUUUCUACAACAAUGGAGAAACGUGAUCCAAAACAAUUUCUUGCUUGGAAAGGUACAGAGAGCAUUGCACCCGAAUUAUCUCAGAUUAUUACUAAUUCUAAGGAUUUCAGUACCCUAAAGCAGAAAAUAGAUGAUAAUAGCUAUCAAAAUUUAAAUAAAUUCGUAGAAAACUUCAAAUUAAUGUGUGAUACGCCAUCACCAAAGAAAUUGCCCGUUGGCCUUAAAAUGGUCGCACCAGGAGUACUUCGGCAAAUAAGACCUGUACUAACUUACAUGCAGGACAUAUCGAAAGAUGAACUUGGUUUUAAAUUAGGUAAGGAAUAUUUUAAUAAUCCAGACGUUUCAAAAAUAGGAGCAAAUCGAUUAGGACGGGCAUAA